AUGUACAACUUGGAAGUUAAUAAAAAUGUGCAGGUGGCUGAGAGAUUGGUGAAAGACAACGGAGCGAUAAUUAUCAAGUUUAAUUGGCAAAGAUCUCCGUCGACCGAAGAGGAACUAUACCAGCUCGAGACGUUAUCUCAUGAGCUGACGUUGGUGAACUUAAGGGAUGUAGAGGACUCGUGGACGUGGAGUCAUGACGCAUCAGGAAUCUUCUCUGUUAGCAGCCUCAGAAGACAACUGCAACGGGUAGAAAGCUUGAACGAGGCAGCCGGUUUUGUGUGGAAUAAUUGGGCCCCGAUAAAAGUUAAUUUUUUGGCUUGGAGGAUUAUUAUAGGGCGGGUUCCGUGCAUGGCUGCACUGCGGCGGAGACACGUAACGCUUGAUUCAUACAUUUGUAAGUUUUGCGACGAUCAAGAGGAGUCCGUGGAGCACCUAUUCGUAGGAUGUCAAUUCGCGCUGGCUGUGUGGGACUUCAUUGCGGAAUGGUGUAGAUGCCCACGUAUGUUUGCUUUCGGCAUUAAGGAUGUCAUGUAUUAUCAUCUCAAUACCCGUGGUACUCACAAAUGGAAGAAGAUGAUACACCUAAUUAUCCUUGUAGCCUUUUGGGGAAUAUGGAGAUGCAGGAAUGAAUUGAUAUUCAAGAAUAAAGAGCCAAACCUGGACGGUGUGAAGCAAGAUAUCCGAAAUUCGAGCUACUUAUGGUUCAAAAAUCGUGCUAAAAGGCAAGAGGUGACAUGGCUUCAAUGGUGCAAUAUGGAGGUUUCAGCUAUGAGAUUGUAA